AUUGGUGGCUGUUAAAGAGAAGGAAGUGUUACGUUCCCACAGAAGUCUCAUUGGAAGAGAAAGUCGCUCUUAAUCCUCGGCAAUUUUUUUAUCCACAGCCCAACUUGUCUCCUCGUAAACCUCUGAACCAGAAUAAAUCUGCAUUUCUGACAAUGGCUUCCUUCAACAGAGGCCCUUCCUACGGGUUAUCCGCAGAAGUUAAAAACAAGAUCGCACAGAAGUACGACCCUCUGAAAGAAGAGGAGCUGAGGAUCUGGAUCAAGGACAUCACUGACUGCAGCAUCGACUCUGACUUUCAGAAAGGUCUGAAGGACGGAGUCAUUCUUUGCGAACUUAUUAACAAACUUCAACCAGGAUCGGUGAAAAAGAUCAACAAUCCGUCAAGGAACUGGCAUCAGCUAGAGAACCUGGCCAACUUCAUUGCAGCCAUCCAAGCUUAUGGCCUGAAGCCUCAUGACAUCUUCGAAGCCAACGACCUGUUUGAGAGUUCAAACAUGACCCAGGUGCAGACAACGCUGCUGGCACUUGCUAGUAUGGCCAAAACCAAGGGCUGCAACACAAGGGUGGACAUUGGAGUAAAGUACGCAGACAAACAGGAGAGGAUGUUUGAUGAGGAGAAGAUGAAGGCGGGACAGUGCAUUAUUGGCCUACAGAUGGGAACUAACAAGUGUGCCAGUCAGGCUGGAAUGAAUGCAUACGGAACCAGGAGGCAUCUGUAUGACCCUAAAGCUCAUAUCCAGGCUCCAAUGGACAACACAACCAUCAGCCUGCAGAUGGGCACCAACAAGGGGGCGAGCCAGGCUGGGAUGACCGCUCCAGGCACGAGGCGUGCAAUCUAUGACCAGAAGCUGGGUACAGACAAGUGCGACAACACCACCAUGUCCCUACAGAUGGGCUACAACCAGGGAGCCAGCCAGAGCGGCCAGAACUUUGGCCUGGGGCGGCAGAUCUUUGACUCCAAGUAUUGCCCUAAACCUGGAGAGGUGGCAGGUGACGAAAAUGGGUCAGGGGGCGUCCGUGACUACAUCCCAGAUUAUCAGGAUGAGGGUUACCAGGGUUACCAGGAGGAGGAGCAGGUGUACCAGGAUGACGGGACGGAUUACUAGGAAGGAGGAGUGAGUGCUAAGGAAGGGAAUGAGAUUGUAGAAAAGGCAUAAUCGGCAAAAAGACCUCAAGAUGGACAGGUUAUCCUUUUGUAUACAUUGGCAGGAUGUUGCACCAAGUCAUUCAUCCUUUUUUUUUAGUUUUGUAUGAAAUUGUUUUUACUCUUUGCUCUAGUUGUGUUAGACCAGUGUCACACAUAUCAUGAUGAACUGUAUCCUUGUGAUUUUUGUUCUCUUUAACGUGACCAACAAAGUCAAUCUUAUUGGCUUGAUAAAUUUAUUCCAGGGAUUUUCUAAUGUGCCAUAGCCCUGCACCCGCCCUCACCUCCUUGUUAUCCCCAUUGCCCCUUUUUUAUAAUUACAUACUUUUAAUUAGAUUUGUUUAAGGGGAAGCAAGGGUAAAGGGAAACAAUUAAAAUACCAUACCAUGUUUAUCCAUCAUUGCUGCGUCAUCUCUGUGAACGAAUAUGCUCUUCACUUUUAGUAUUUGUCACUUCAGUAUCCUCUUCAUUCUUUCAGUAUUGGUCGUUAACAUUAGAGUCAAUUCCUAGUGGUCCAAAAAGACAUGAGAGAAUAAAAUGUCUUUUUUUUUAAUCUCAUCUCAGAUUAUCCCAAUUUCAUUCUUUUUUUUUCAUAAGGGGAGGAAAUAUUUUCUCCUGUUUCCAUAAGACGUCGAACUGGAGUCGAGCUUGUUUUCUUUGGAUCUCACACACACAGUGCAUCUCGAGUACAAAUGAAAUAUUACACAAGUGAAGUUCUGAAACAUUCCAAGCUAGAAUGUUUUAAGUGAAUCAUUCCUAAGUGUUGGUUGCUUUGUGAACCAAUCAUGAUUAUAUUUGAUUUGUUAUUUAUGCUUAUUUGUGUUUUUUUCCCCCCCAUCGGGGCUCUUUUGUACCUUUUACUCUGAAUAACAUUUUAUUUUGGACCAUGUUUUUUCCUCUGGAAUGAUGAUGCCAAUGGAGAAAAAUGUUUUUUAAAUGAAAUAUUGUUAUUGUGAAUACUGUGUAAUAAAGAUGUGUAUUCAUUA